UUUCACACUGAAGCGGCAAUAAUGUCACGGUUACUACAAGGUUUAAUAUCAUUUUAUAAUUCAGAUUUACCCAGUGAAUGUUUUUACAAUGCUGUUGGUUUUUGGGCAUUUGUUCAGUGCAAGGGGCGCGGCAAGGCGAUGUGGUGAACUGUCCCAGAGAAAUAAGGAUAAUCUAAUGGUGAAUUUAACAACUGAAGAUGCUUUCGGAUUACAUUGGUCAUUUUGGUUAUUACCUUCAGUUCAGAGAGCUGCGGAGGAACAAAUACCACGUGCUGACGUUUCACUGUCAAAAAGGUCAAAACAUUCGUUUCUUUAUGGAGAAUUUGGACGACGAUGUCCUAAACGAAACAGACCAGGAGUAAAUGUGUGUCCAGUUCAUUACGUGAUGCAAAGCGAUAAAAACAGAAUCCCUGAGAAUAUCGUGCAUGUACGGUGUAACUGUAAACAUUGUUUUCACAACGAUUCAUCCACCCUGAUAGGGAAAUGUGAGAAGGAAUACAUCUAUACACCGGUUUGGAGAAGAAAUGAAACAAAUUGUGAAUAUGUGAAAAUAAUGGAAAGCGUGGCGGUUGCCUGUACGUGCAAUAUUAAAAAUAUUGAAAUAAAACCAGCAAUUUCGAAAGGAAUUUAUUUGCAGCCUGUUUGAUAAUAUAAUGUCUUUUUAAAUGUUUCCUUAAAUGUUUUUGGGGUUUUUUUUGAGAAAACAAAUUGUGAUAAAAGAUGAUUUAGGCUCUAUUUAAUAAUGUGAUGUUUACUUCAUAAAUAUUAUAUUCAUCAAGAGGCUCUUUGAGAUUCUGUUCGAAUUCUAAAUAAAAAUAUAUAUUCAUCUAGAAAACUCAAAUGGUAGUGAUUUAUUCCUCAUUUUAGAUUUGUCAUACAUACUUUACUUUUGUAUGAUAGUGUUAAAUAUUCUGGUCAUGAAUUGUUAAAUUUUCUUAAUCAAAAGCCUUCACUUGGUUUCAAACAAUACAUUUCCGUAAAAAUAUUGUAAUAUUUUGAAACUUUCAUUUGCCAGACAUUUACACACUGUCCUAUAAAAAUGGUUCAAAAGGUCUUCAGAACUAUUACAAAAUUUAUAUAAGAUUAGUGCACAAACUUGCCACAAUGGGAAGAAAUUCAUGAGCACCGCUUUAAAAUGAUAAAUAACUGAGAUAUGCUUGCAAUAGGUAAUGGUUCAAUACGGAUAUAUUUUCAAAAUCCUGACAUGGCUAACUGGUUUAUAAAUGGAAAUUGAGACACAUAUGUUUAAAGGCAAAUGCCUAUUUUAUUUCUCAAUGAAAACCUUUUUGGUGUAUUUUAAUUUAAUUUGAUUAAUUCCAAUACAAUCCAGGUAAAUACAGAAUUUGAAUGUACUAUCUGUAUAUCGGGUGAAGUAUGUUUGUGAUAUUUUGACACAGCCUAUCAAAAUAAUAGCAGACUCGCUAUCAUUUAGUCUAUUCAUGAUGAUAAAGUGUUCAAAGAAAAAACAUGAUAACCAGCUAAAGCUGAUAAAAAGGGAUUUUUUUGGUUGUUGUUGUUGUUGUAUCUUCGUUUACUUUUGUUUUUGUUAAAUCAGUUUACUUCACAUAUUUUAAAUGUUUAGUUUUAGAUGUUAAUAAACUGUUUUCGUUGCAACCAUUGUGUUAUAUUUCAUAUGUUAUUGUACAGUAGAUCCUAUCACAUUAUGACAGUACAAGGAUGUUAAAAUACCGGAGGUGCUCGACAAAUGAAAAUUUAACAUACUAUUCAAUGCUCUCAAAUGUCAAGAAAUCAUAAGACUUGAUGCAACAGACAAUGAAAUAACUUCUCCAAUAAAUGCGGAAAAGGAAAGUUAAGCAGUUUUGAUGCGGCC